AAACUGCGAUGGGGAAAAAAAAAAUACCAAUGGCAGUAUAGCAGUGCCAAUCAUCGUGUACCACCCAGUUUCUUUUGCAUAUUUUGCUUCUUUUUUUUCUUUGUUCUUGUUGGCCCCUUGGCUAAUUUUUUUUUUUUUUUUUUUUUUAUUUAAAAGGGCGAACUAUGUAUUUUUCCCUAAAUAUAUAGAACCCAAAUACGUAACUUUUUAAUCAACGAAUUUUUUACUUUUUGUUUUUAGUUAUCUUAACUAAUUCACAAAACCUACAAAACAUAACCUCUAUUUUUUUUUCAUUUUACAAAAUACCUCACGCGUUUAAAAAAAAAAUGAAAAAAAAUGCAAAUUCGAAAAGCCAAUGCUCUGUAAGAUACCUCAUCUUGAUGUCGUUUAUUUUCGUAAUUAUCUCCAUAUUAUUAAACCCCGUUUGCUUCAACAACUUAAGCAUUCUGCCAGAAUCGCAGCCACAAUCGCGCCCAAGAAAGCUUGUCGAACUGCCACUUUACACAAAUGAAGAUUUAUCCCAAAGAAGCAGACAUAUUAGCUUUACUGAGCCAUAUGUAAGCAGCAAAGUUUUGCCAUUCGGAUGUGAAGAGAAGGAUAUAUCAAAAAAACUGACCAGAAAUGAUAUAGAGAAACUGUCGUGCAACACAGGCUUUCUUUUUGCCGAUAAAAAAAAGGCCUACAUUGUUUUUUACUACGUGAAUGAUUACCAUAAGGGUAAAUACAAUAAGAUGAUAAAUCACCUAUGGCUAGUUUUUACAGAAUCAGCAGCAAAAAUUGGUAUGCCUGAUGAGCAACGAUUGAAAUUCUUAAUGGACUGUCAUUCAGGCCUAACACGCGAUUUAGAUACGCUAGACGAAUCGUAUGAAAAUCGCUUCUUUUCCAUGGCCAACAGUAAAUUAAUGUUGCAGUUAAGUUUCCGAAUUUUCCUCUCAAGCUAUAUGUGGUCCUGUGAAAAAUUAACAAGAGAUAAUAAGAAGAAGUGGACCAAGGCUAUGAAGAAUAUGAUAGAAACUUACAAAGCGUAAUGGGAAAAGGCUGCACAGGUGGGCGCUCCAAUGGGUUCUCCAAUGGGUCCUCUAAUGGCUUCCUCUAUUGUGCUCCAGUAGGUUCACCUAUGGGUCACCCUGUGAGAGGAGCACACGAGGGAGC